AUGCAAAUGCUCCACAAUCUGCUCAAAAUAAAUCCUGAUGGUUUUGAUGUAGUUUCAAGAGCCAGUUAUUACAACCACAUAAACAACGACAUUCCUUUGUCCAAUGAGGAUAACAUUAAUUCUUCAUUUGUUGACGACAACAUGGAUAUCGAUGAUAACUAUGAGGAUGUUGGAGACGACUUUGUAUAUUUCAAAAAAUAUGUAUUCGUUGUCUAUUUUAUACGUUUCAAUAUUUUUAAAUAUACAGAGUUCGCUCAAAUCGAUGAUGAUUCUAACGAGGAGGAAUCAAAUGAAGGAGAUGAUCCCUUCAUGAGAUUCACAGAUGAAUCAUGCAACUUUCUCAUUACAUUAUGCAAUAAAAUCGUUAUAUCCAGAACAUAUAAAAUUGAAGUUACUGCCCUUACCACACCAGCACAACAUAAACGCAUUUUAGAUGUCAAGACCAGAGGAACCAAACGUGUUAAAUUGGACAUUCCUGUUAAGAAAGCUGUCAUUCAGUCUACUGGUUGCAUACAUUUAAACAAAAUAUCCAACGACAUAAGCUUUAAUGAAAUUAUAAGAACAAGCGCAUAUCGCCAACUUUUAGCAUUUGAUGAAUACAGACAUAUCACUGAGGAACAUCUUGACAUAUUGAACAGCCACUGGAAGAAAAGCCCUUUUAUUACACAAGAAUCAUCUAUACCGUAUUUAUCUUCACAAUAUCUAAAUAAGCUUAAAAUAACAAAUAUCAAUAUGGAUAAGUUGGAGAAACUAACACUUGGGUCUAAAACGAUGAAUUUAUUAGUCAUUUCCAGCAUAAGAAUUGACGAUUCAAAACUAGCCCCAGAAAUAGGACCAUCAACGAAGAAUAUCACCCCUUCAAAAGAUACACGAAUAUUUGUAUCAACUUCAUCUAUUUAUCUGGCAAAUAAAAUAUUAAAAGAUCCUAAUAGCUUAAAACUUUCUGAGCCACUAGUACAUCUUAGACAGCUACGAUCUAAAUUUCACCAGCGUAGUACAUAUUCUCUGGCCAGAUGUUACGAUUAA